AGUGAAACUAGUGAAAAGUUUUUCGCCGCGCGCGGGGGAGCCACCCUCUGCGCCGGAAAAAAAUCGGCCCCUCGCGUCCCUCGCCCGCCUGCCGCCGAACUUUUCAUUCACCGGGGAAAAAAGUGUGGCAAGGCCGCCGUGACGUCACAGCGUCAAGUGGCCACGCGCGCGUUUCCUAGCAACGAAUCUCGUUACCUCAUCUUCAUAAAGUUUAGCUCGUGUGUAGAGAAGAGCGGGUGAAAAAUGGUACUUGUGAAUGAAAAUGUGGUAUCGGCGCGAUGGCUGUCGCCGGCGUGGAGGGAAGAGUGACAUGUAGCGAAGGGUGCGAGCACAGUGAACUAUAUGUGUAGCACGCAGCGCGCACGGGUGUCGAGGAUGCACCUGACGGGCGCGAGCAGCGGCGCCGUGUCGCCCGACACCAGUUCUACAUUGCUGCAUGAGACGUACACGAAGAUGACGUCAGACAUCCUCGCAGAACGAACUCUUGGGGACUUCCUGUCCGAACACCCAGGGGAGUUGGUUCGGACAGGCAGUCCUCACUUCGUGUGUACGGUGUUACCGCCUCACUGGCGGUCGAAUAAGACGUUACCGGUGGCGUUCAAAGUGGUGGCACUAGGCGACGUUGGGGACGGCACUCUGGUAACAGUUAGGGCUGGCAACGACGAGAACUGCUGCGCGGAGCUGAGGAACAGCUCAGCAGUGAUGAAGAACCAAGUGGCAAAGUUCAACGACUUGAGAUUUGUCGGCCGCAGCGGGCGCGGAAAAUCAUUUACGUUGACGAUAACAAUAUCGACGACACCGCCGCAGGUCACCACGUACAACAAGGCCAUCAAGGUGACGGUAGAUGGACCCCGGGAACCACGCUCCAAGACCAUGUUGUCUCUAUUAGGGCAACAACAGCAGUUCCACUUCGCGUUUGGGCAGCGGCCGUUCCCGUUCCCGCCGGAUCCUCUCGGCGGGUUCCGUAUGCCGCCCAUCACUACGUGUCAAAAUAUGAGCCAAUUUGGGCUUAGUUCGAGCAACUCGCAUUGGGGAUACGGUGGUGCGGGUGCAUACCCAGCGUACCUGCCGUCUUGUGCCGCGCCAGCAGCCACGCAGUUCAACCCUCCCGCCCUUGGAUUUGCGGGGUCCGUACCCGACCAGACGCCUUCGCAGGAUUUCUCUGCUAAUAAUACGGUUCUACCGGAUACGACUGGUGUGGACUUAGACCAACAGCUGUCAGGACUGGUCGGAUCCUCGCCCUCACAUCACGGAAGUCUUCUACCACGGUACAACAACAACGCGGACUAUAGUCUCUCAACAGGUCCUCGAUCAUUAAGCGAUAACAGUUCCCAACCAGAAUCACCAGUACAAGAUGAUUUACUCACCUCUAACACUACAACAAAUAUAGGACAUAAUCAUACAAAUAGUUCAAAUUUUACAUCCCUAAUGGGAUCUCAGAACUCGUCGUACGGUAGUAGUAAUUGCAACAAUUCGUUGUAUCCAGUCCUCCCCGCAAGUUUGUUGUACAGUCAAUUGUAUACAGCUGCGAACCAAACGCACAACUUUCAUCCACUGCAUUCAAACUCCAUACAUUCGACGCAGAAUCAUCAUAAUGAAUUGCAGACGAUGAUGGAUCAAAUAUCAUCGACCACAAGUAAUCAUAGACAACACGCGAACCAUGGACAAGGUGAUUUGUUAUUAGGAGCGGGGAACUCGUGUGCCGCGGCGGCGGCAAGAGGAGAGGACGGUAGAGUCAAUAAUCUUGGACAACGGGGAAACCCACAGCCUGAUAGUAACACUGUAUGGAGACCAUACUAAAAUCAAUGUGACACUUCUUUCUUUGCAAUGUGAUAUAGUCAAGGUUAGUUUCAAAUUCUUUACCUCAUUACUAGAAUAUUGCUAGUGCUUAGAGGGAUAAUUGACGGAAAAUUAUUGUACAUUGUAAAUUAGGUAAUUGUGAAAAAGAAAGAAGUUGUCAAUAUAGAGUAAGUCUUAAAACGAUAGUGCAACGAAAUAGCUGAUAUCUACGAUAUCACUGUAAGUAUAUGUAAUAUACUAUAAGAUACGUUUAUUAGGCAAUUCUUG